AUGGCCACCGACUCCUGGGCCCUGGCCGUGGACGAGCAGGAGGCGGCGGCCGAGUCGCUGAGCAGUUUAAACCUGAAGGAGGAAAAACCCAAAGUAGAUGCCAAUGGUGCUGUGAUCAAGGCUGAUGACAAUGUGGAGAAGACAGAGGAUGAGGAGAAGGAGGACAGAGCUGCCCAGUCCCUGCUGAACAAGCUGAUCCGCAGUAACCUGGUGGACACCACAAACCAAGUGGAGGUGCUGCAGAGGGACCCCACAUCACCUCUCUACUCCGUCAAGUCGUUCGAGGAGCUGCGACUGAAACCACAGCUGCUGCAAGGAGUCUAUGCCAUGGGCUUCAACAGACCAUCUAAGAUCCAAGAGAAUGCCCUGCCCAUGAUGCUGGCUGAGCCGAGCCCACAGAACUUGAUUGCACAGUCUCAGUCUGGUACUGGCAAGACAGCUGCCUUUGUCCUGGCCAUGCUCAGCCGAGUGGAACCUGGGAACAAGUACCCACAGUGUUUGUGCCUUUCCCCAACCUAUGAGCUGGCUCUUCAAACAGGAAAAGUGAUCGAGCAGAUGGGGAAGUUCUACCCGGAGCUGAAAUUGGCCUACGCCGUCCGAGGCAAUAAAUUGGAGAGAGGUCAGAAGAUCUCGGAGCAGAUCGUGAUCGGCACGCCCGGCACGGUGCUGGACUGGUGUUCCAAGCUCAAGUUCAUAGAUCCCAAGAAAAUCAAAGUGUUUGUCCUGGAUGAGGCUGAUGUGAUGAUAGCAACCCAGGGCCACCAGGACCAGAGCAUUCGCAUUCAGAGAAUGCUCCCCAGGGACUGCCAGAUGCUUCUCUUCUCAGCCACUUUUGAGGACUCCGUGUGGAAAUUUGCUCAGAAAGUUGUUCCAGACCCAAACAUCAUCAAACUGAAGCGAGAGGAGGAGACUCUGGACACUAUAAAGCAGUACUAUGUGCUGUGCAAUAACAGAGAUGAGAAGUUCCAGGCUCUCUGUAACAUCUAUGGUGCCAUCACCAUUGCCCAGGCCAUGAUCUUCUGCCACACUCGGAAGACAGCGAGCUGGCUGGCAGCAGAGCUCUCCAAGGAAGGCCAUCAGGUGGCAUUGCUCAGUGGGGAGAUGAUGGUGGAGCAGAGAGCUGCUGUCAUCGAGCGCUUCCGAGAGGGCAAGGAGAAGGUGCUGGUGACCACCAACGUCUGUGCCAGAGGGAUUGACGUGGAGCAGGUCUCUGUGGUGAUCAAUUUUGACCUUCCUGUGGAUAAGGAUGGCAACCCAGACAACGAGACCUACCUGCACCGCAUCGGACGCACAGGGCGCUUCGGCAAGCGAGGGCUGGCGAUCAACAUGGUGGACAGCAAGCACAGCAUGAACAUCCUCAACAGAAUCCAGGAACAUUUCAACAAAAAGAUCAACAAAUUGGAUACUGACGACUUGGAUGAAAUUGAGAAGAUAACUAACUGA